AUGGGGCGUCCUCAAACCUUGAAGCCGCGUUCAGUGGCGUACGCGAAGGAAACCGCCCGUCAAGAACAUGACCUUACGAUCCGUGAAGCAGUCACAAAACACCGUAUGGCAGUUUUCUGGGCGUCUUUCUUUUGCCUGCCCAAUCUUAUUAUUGGCUAUGAUCCGACCAUCGUCGGCACAUUAGUCGGCAUUCCUCAAUUUCGGAAGGACUUUGGCUAUGAGUACCCACCUGGCUCUCAGUCUUAUGUGCUUGCCGCUUCUUGGACAUCCGCAUUUACCUAUGCCCCGGUCCUCGGCUAUAUGAUUUCGGCUAUCUGGGGAGGAUGGUGUGUCGAUCGUUAUGGGCCUCGCAAGACACUGCUUGGUGCUACUUUGCUGUCGCUUGGGACUCUGCUAAUGCAAGUUCUGGGCGAAAGCGCGGCUGUCAUUUUCGUUGGAGAUCUCCUGACCGGGCUCCUAACUGGCAGUUUCCCAGUCCUCGGGCCGGCAUAUAUAUCCGAAAUCCUCCCUGUCUGUCUCCGGGGAAUGGGACUAGCAAGCAACAAUCUCGCUCAAGUCCUCGGUUCGCUCAUGGGAAUUCUCAUCUUGCGAGGGACAGAAGGCCGGACGGAUAAAUGGUCCUAUAAAGUCCCUUUCAUAACGGAAUACGCAUUCCCGCUCAUUUUCCUUGCUGGUGGAUUCCUAGCCCCUGAGACGCCUUGGUUCUUGAUGAAAAAAGACCGCGAAGCCGAAGCUAGGAAGUCCCUCGAAUGCACUGGCUACGGAGAAGAUGUCGAAAUCACUCUGGCACACAUGAGAGAAACUAUUGCCCUUGAGGAAGACCUCUCGUCCACUGCCACGUAUCGGGACUGUUUCAAAGGGACCAAUCUUCGACGGACUCUUAUAUGUGUCAUGGCGUACAGUGGGCAGUUCCUGUGCGGAAUCAAUCUCGCAGCUUCUUACUGUACUUACUUUUUCCAACUGGCUGGCCUAUCCACAGACCAGUCUUUCGACCUUUCAUGCGGAUUAUUCGGCCUUGGAGUCCUUGGAAAUCUUAUCUCCUGGCCUUUGAUGACAAUUUGGGGUCGAAGAGCCGGAUAUAUCUGGACAUGUAGCUUCACCACUGUGCUGAUGUAUGUGCUGGGAUUCUUGGGACUUGCCGCCGCCUCUGAUACUGCAGCUAUGUACGCCAAGGCUGUUGUGCUCCUCAUUUUCUACUUUGUCUACAAUAUAGGACUGGGGCCAAUCGUCUAUGUGCUCAUCGCCGAAAUUCCCAACACCAAAGUCCGCGGCAAGACUUUGGGAAUCGCCUGCUUUGGUCCACACGUCCUUUCCAUCGCCAUCACCGCGGGACUUCCUUAUGCUAUGAGCACAACAGAAGCUAACUGGGGAGCUAAGACUGGGUUUCUAUUUGCUGGACUCAGCACAUGCGUAGUCAUUUGGGCAAUUUUGCACCUGCCAGAGACAAAGGGGCGUACUUUUCGGGAGAUCGACAUUCUUUUCGAUCGAAGAAUAUCCGCUCGCAACUUCGGUGAUGCAGACCUGACUGCCUUUGAUCCGACACAAGUCAUUUGUGGCCUCGAUGCGACGGAGAAGGAAGUUGUCGCCGGAAAAAGGCAGUAG